AUGAGUUCAGACACAAACCAGGACCCAAAAGCCGUAGUGGCUAUCAAGAAACGGUCCAGAGUUCCUGGGGUUAUGAUCACUCAGUAUGUUGAGCAACUGCCUGCAGGAAAGUCAACACCUGACUUCACCCGAAAGCCAAUGCCUGUGACUGUUCAAGAGGGUAAAAAAGCAUUUUUCAAAGCUAUAGUUAGUGGAGAACCAGCACCAACUGUCACCUGGGAGCGUAACAAGGGCAACGUUGAUGACCCAGAAAAGUACAAGACCAGAUACGACCAAAGAGCUCGAGAGCACAUUUUUGAGAUACACAAUGUAAAACCAGAGCAAGCCGACACCUACAAGUGCUUUGCCACAAAUGAGUAUGGAAAGGCUGUCUGCAGUGCAACACUCAAUGUCAUUGAAGUUGGCUUCAAGAAGAAAGGCCAGGCAGCAAAUGGACAAGCACCCCAGGAUUUCAGAUCAAUGCUUAAGAAAACUGUUGUUGUGACAAGAAAAAAGCAACUGCCACCAAAGAAAGAGGGAGAAAUUGAUCCAAAGCUCUGGGAACUGCUUCUCAGUGCACCGAAGAAAGACUAUGAAAAAAUCUGCUUGGAAUUUGGUGUUACUGACUUUCGCUGGAUGCUGAAGAGACUCAACCAGCUGAAAAAGGAAAGGGAAGAUGAGCAGGCAAAGGUUGUGGAGAAGCUGGAAGAUGUGAAACAAAUAGAAGUGAAACCAGAUGGGAGAGCUGAAUUUAGCCUCAACAUGAAACUAUGGGAUCCCAACAGUGCAAUUAACUUAUACAAGGAUGGGACAAUGGUGCCAUACAGUGAUGAUGAAAGUUCAAAGCAUAACCUCAAGAAAUCUGGGACAAAGUACGUUUUCAGCAUCAAAGACCCUAAGCCAGAAGAUGCUGGAUUUUACCAGGUUGACGUUGAAGAAGCGAAUGUUCUUACAACUGACUUUCGAGUGCCCGCUGUGGAGUUCAUAGCCAAGAUUAAGGACGUGAAGGCCGUUGAGAGCGAGGACGCCAUCUUUCAGUGUGUCUUGUCAACACCCCUCAACACAAUUACUUGGGCAAAACAGGACUCGUCACUCGAACAUGGGGACAAAUAUGAAAUCACUGUCUCAGAGGACAAACUUAUUCACACGUUAAGAGUGAAAAACUGCAAAAAGGAAGAUAGCGGAGCAUUUUAUGCCAUUGCUGGGAUAACUUCCAGCAGUGCCUCUCUCUCAGUGGAAGCUGAUCCAGAUGGCAGUAAAGGCCGCAAGGGCACCAAAUCUGGGGAUGAGGAUGAUUUAAUUAAACUAGCACUGGAACAGCAGGCGAAGCUACAAAAAGAGAAAGACGACCUGGAGGCAGCCAGACGAGCACAGGCUGAAAAGGACGCUGCAAAUGCAGCAACACUGGGGGAUGGAGGAGAUGGAUCUGGUGGAAAGACUGAUGGAGACAAGAACCUCCCGGGAGAUGGAGAUGAUGAAAAUAAAAAGGGAGAUGGGGAUGAUAAGAAAAAGAAGAGAACUGGCCCUUUGGUUCCUGACACUGUUAUAGAUCGAGGAGUUCAGUUCGUCAGUGGGCUGUCAGAUACUGUUGCUAAUGUUGGCGAACGGGCAGAGCUGUCUUGCAAACUCAGCAGUGAGACUGCAGAGGGACGCUGGUAUAAAAAUGGGAAGCCACUAACCAACGAGGACGGAGUAACAAUUAUCAAAGAUGGAGCCUGUCACAGGUUGAUAAUUGACUGCUGUAAAAAAGAUGAUGCAGCUGUGUACCGCUUUGAAGCCGAAGGACGUAGAUCAGAAGCAACACUUAAUAUUCAAGACCCACCAAAGAUUGACAGUGACGCUUUAGGAAAAUUCACAAAGCCAGUCAUUAUAAAGGCAGGUGAAACUGCAGAAUGGAAGCUGCCAUUCUCAGGUGGCGCACCGAUGAAUAUACAGUGGUACAAGGAUGAUGAUGAGCUUCUGCCUGCUCUCAAUGUGAAGAUUGAAACAUCAGAUUCUGAGAGCCAACUACGCCUUACGAAGUGCCAAAGGAAAGAUAGUGGAGAGGUCAAAAUCAAAAUAAAAAAUGAAUUUGGUACAACAGAGGCAAUUUCCAGACUUAUUGUACUAGACAAACCCACACCACCACAGGGACCUGUGGAUAUUAUGGAGAGCGCUGUGACAUCAGUUGAGUUCAAAUGGAAACCGCCAAAAGACAGUGGCGGAUGCCCCAUCACAGACUACAUCAUAGAGCGCCAACAAGUGGGGCGCAAUAAAUGGUCAAAUCUCGGUGAGAUCUCCGGCAGCAACCCAAGCUACAGAGAUUCAGAUGUGACCCCUGGAAGGAGAUACAGCUACCGGAUCAGAGCUAAGAAUGCAGAAGGUGUCAGUGAUUACCUGCAGACAGAGGACAUACCGGCUGGUGUACUACGUUAUCCGGGACCCCCAACAGCACCUAAAGUGGUCAGUGCCUUUAAAGACUGCAUCAAUCUGUCAUGGAGUCCUCCAUGUGACACUGGAGGAACCAAAAUAGUGGGAUACAAUUUGGAAAAGAACAAGAAAGGCACUAAUUACUGGAGCCUUGUAAACCAAGGAGGGCCAAUUACAGAUACAAAAUAUGCAGUGAAAGACGUCUUUGAAGGGGCAGCAUAUGAAUUUAGAGUGUCUGCUAUCAACCUGUCUGGUGCUGGAGAUCCUAGUAUUCCAUGUGACACAGUAAUUGCAAGAGAUCCAAUGAAACCCCCAGGCAAAGUCACAGACCUGAAAUUAACGUCCUCCAAUUACACCACAUUUUCGCUGGCUUGGACAAAACCUAAAGAAGUGAAAGGGAUAGAGGAUGAAGCUCUGGGGUACUACGUGGAGAUCAGACCAAUAGAGAGCCUUGAUUGGACCCGCUGUAAUGCCAACCCAAUUACUCUAACUUCCUACACCGUGCUUGGCUUGAAGGCAAUGGCCACAUACUGGGUGAGAGUAAUUGCCACCAAUUAUGGAGGUGAUGGGGAACCUCAGGGCUUUGACAAUUACAUCAUUGCCAUGCCCCCUCCUGUAAGGCCAAAAUUCAAAGACAAAAACAUGAAGACCUUUGUGGUGGUGAGAUCUGGAAACACAGUCCGUCUGAACAUCAACUUUGAGGCCUCCCCGCUGCCAGAAGUCUGUUGGUUAAAAGAUGGUAUUCCGGUGCUUAAACAUGUAACAAUUACCAACUCUGAUAAAGGCUCUCAACUGUUAAUCCCCACAUCUGAGCGGUCCGACACUGGCGUCUACACCAUUACUGUCAAGAACCUGGUCGGCCAGGAGAGCUUCAAUGUUGAAAUCAGAGUUACAGAUGAUCCCAAGCCUCCAGGACCAGUGGAGCUGGAUCAGAACAUCCCAGGAACAGUGACUCUGUCCUGGUCUCCCUCUCCAGAUGAGAAGAGGGAUGACAGGCUACACUACAUGGUAUCCAAACGGGACUCCUUCAAACGCACUUGGAGGACAGUGGCUGACAACCUCUUCAACAAUAAGUUCACAGCUGUCAACAUUCUGCCUGGACGAGAGUAUUUCUUCAGGGUGUUUGCUAAAAAUGACAUGGGCUUUUCACCACCAUCUGAAUCGCCUGCGUUUGGAACUAAAAAGGAAAAAGAAAAGUUCAAAGUGAACCUGCCAGAGACGAAAUGCUUGGACUUUCAGUCACCUCCAUCGUUUCUCGUCCCCCUGAGGAGGCGUACAGCUCCACAAGGUUACGAGUGCCACAUGAGUUGUGCAGUUAAGGGUGAUCCAGCUCCACGUGUGACGUGGUACUGCAACAACAUCAGCCUGAACACAAACACCAACUACCACAUCACCAAUGUGUGCGGCGUCUGCUCCUUGCUCAUACUGAGGGUGGGAGCCAAAGAUAACGGGGAAUACAAAGUCGUUCUUGAGAACAAACUGGGGACAGCUGAGUGCUCAAUGAUGCUGAACCAGCAACGCAGCCUCGAACAACUGUCGGAGUCUCUGGCAACAAUGCAGGAGAAGGUCGCAAACUUCCAGCAGGUGGUAGAGACGACGGACGCACAGUUCAAUGUCGCCAUAGAGGAGUCCUACUCAGUGAUGUUCAACACGUACUGCAAUGGCCUAAUAAACCCAUACAAUAUAGAGCUGGACACUCGAUGGGCUGAGAUAAAGCAGGUCUCCCUGUCCAUCGAAACUCUUCAGGCCUUGAUGAAAAACCAGAGUGAGGAGUUUGAGGCCAUGAAGGAGAGAAUGUCUAAUGAGGAUGAACCAGCAGCAGGACAGUUCAUCACCACCACAGCACAGAUUUCCACCGAGCUGCAGGAGAAGCUAGAAGAUGUUGAGGAAGUGGCUGAGCAGCAGGGUGCCAAAGAUGGAGCGGAAGAGGAGGCAAAGGAGGAGGAGGUCGUGCAGGAAGCACAGCCACUGGAACACGGAGUGGAGAGGGAUGUUACAGAAGAACAAGAGGGGCAAGAAGUCGCACCAGAAGAGCAAGAGGUAGAGGAAAUUACAGGACACAGUGGGGAGCAGGAGGAUGCUGGUGAGACAGCAGAAGAUGAGGUUGCAGAUUACAUUAUCGAGGGUGACAUUUUGGACAAGUCUUUGGAAGAGGAGUUAUAUGAAGAGGUUGUGGAAACAUGGGAGUCUGCCGGAAGCAUCAGCUGA